CGAAAAAUGUAUGGAGUUUUUAGAUACUAAAUACUAGGGUACAUCUUAAUAAUAAAAUAUACUAAAUUCUAUUUAAAAUUAAAACAAAUUAUUAACAAUGUGAGAAAAUCUAAAAAAAAAAUAUGAAUACAUCCAUUAGACCAUUACUCCAAUUGGAGCCGUCAGACUCUCCGACCUCCGUCCGUUUGUAAUUUCCGAAGGAAUAAUCCGGCCUGAAUCACACCAGUUGUGCCAGAGGAGGAGAGUUUAUGAGCUCGGAAAAAGAACCACCGCGGCGGCGGCUGUCGUGCUCGGCCUGUUUUGACGCCCUCUGGUUCUGCUACACACCUGUUCAUCAAAUGCAGCAGUACUAUAGGCUGGGUAAGCUUGAUAACUGUUAUGAUAAAUGGAGUGCUCUUUAUGAUUGUCUGAGACUUAAAACAAAGCGGCAAGCUGAAGUUGAGGAAAUUUUGGAAAAGCGUGAGAAAACCAAACCUCACAUAUGGUCUUUUCGGACACCAGAAGAAGCUUCCUCUUAUUGGCAGAACCUUUACGGGCAUAUGCAUGAAGACGAGUGAAAUACACAAGUUGGCCAUUUCUUGGUUUUUCAUUUACCAUUCUGAGCUCAAAUAAUCAUGGUAGCUGUUAACUGAAAUGCAACCCGCGGGCAAGAUGCAGUUAAUGCUCAGUGUCUGGUAAGCGUUAACCAUGUCAUC